AUAGUAGUAGACUACCUUAGUUGGUUAUAACUUUCAAAUUAAAGUUAUCAAACUUUUGUACUCCUGCUAAAAUGUGGGAGUAUUAUGUUUAGAAUUGUUGUAUUAAUUAUAACAGUGUGUACACUACACACGACAAGUAAUGAGAGUUAUUUUAAGAACAUCUGGGAACCCUAUGAAGGCAAGUAUGGUUACUUUUCCGAGAAGGAGCGAAUUGAAACACUCUCUGGUAUUAAGGACAUGUUUUAUUUUGGAUAUGACAACUACAUGAAACAUGCCUAUCCUAAAGAUGAACUUGAUCCAAUUCAUUGUACAGGAAGAGGUCCAGAUCAUGACAACCCUUUAAAUAUCAACAUCAAUGAUGUACUUGGAGAUUAUAGUUUGACAUUGGUGGAUACAUUGGACACUUUAGUGAUAAUGGGGAACAAUACAGAAUUUAAACGAGCUGUAGGUUUACUAUCAGAGAACCUUACUUUCCAGAAUACAACAGUCCAAGUUUUUGAAGCAACAAUAAGAGUUCUUGCUGGAUUACUAUCUGCUCAUCUGUUGAUUAUUGACCCUGACCAGCCAUUUGGUGACAUUGUUCCAUCUGAGUACAGCGGGGAACUGUUAGAUCUUGCCCAUGACCUUGCCUCUAGACUUAUUAUUGCCUUUGAUAAUUCUGCCACAGGAAUACCAUUUCCAAGGGUCAAUUUACAAAAAGGAGUUCCAAGUGAUUGUAUAAAUGAAACUUGUACAGCUGGGGCUGGUACCCUGGUUCUCGAGUUUGGGAUCCUGUCACGUCUUAUUGGAGAUCCAACAUUUGAGUCAGCGGCUAGGAAAGCUGUCAGACAGAUAUUGAACUAUAAAUCCAAUGUUACAGGGUUAAUUGGAAAUGUAAUUAAUAUACAGACCGGAGAGUGGGUUGGUAAAAUGAGUGGACUCGGUGCUGGGUUGGACUCAUUCUUUGAAUACAUGCUCAAGAGUUAUAUAUUAUUUGGUGAUAAAGAAGACCUCAGGCUUUUCAAUGAAUUCUAUGAAUCCAUUAAAUUUCAUAUGAGGCGUGGGAGAUUAAAAUGCAAUAGAGGAGACGGUAAUGCACCAAUAUAUGUCAAUGUUCAUAUGUCAUCAGGGGAUACAGCCAAUCACUGGAUAGAUGCCUUACAAGCUGCCUGGUCUGGUGUACAGGUGUUACAUGGAGAUAUUGAAGAAGCUAUUUGCUCACAUGCUAUCUACUAUGCAAUAUGGCGGAAGUAUGAGUCUUUGCCGGAACGUUACAACUGGAAUCUGAGAGCGCCGGAUAUUCUGUUUUAUCCACUGAGGCCAGAACUUGUGGAGUCUACAUAUUUCCUCUAUCAAGCCACAAAAAAUCCAUUCUACUUGCACGUUGGACGUGAUAUAUACAACAGCAUUAAUGAGCAUGCCAAAGCUGAGUGUGGAUAUGGGACAAUCCAUGAUGUGAAUACCAAAGAACUAGAGGAUAGGAUGGAAAGUUUCUUUCUCAGUGAAACUUGUAAAUAUUUAUAUCUAUUAUUUGACAAAGAUAAUCAUUUAAAUAAAGAAGCUUCAAAAUAUUUAUUCAACACAGAAGGUCAUAUCUUCCCAAUUAACCAAGUAUUUCGUACAAAACCAUGGGAAGAUUUUAUAAAGCCAGAUGUCAGUUCAAAGACAGAAGCAGAUUCUCCGCCUAUAGUUGAUGCAAGGACCAAUACCUCAUUUUCUAAUUGUGAUAGUUUACCUAAUGUGAGGAGAUUCUCUCUACCCAUGGAGAGCCGUUAUUUAGAGCAGAUUGAUAGAGCUGUGGGCGUCGAUUUAACAGAUUUAUUCUCUUGAUGAUGUUUUAUAUAUAUAUAUUUACAAUUUGUUUAUAUUAUAUACAUUAUAUGUUGGUUAUAUAUAAAUAACUGGUGCUGGUUAAGUUUGUUCUCAAUUUAUCGGGGCCUUUUUAUUGUUAAAUCUAAAAUUAGCCUUUAUUUUUUGAUAAUUUUUUUAAUGCUUAGUUUCGAUUGUUAGGUUUAUUCAGUAAUUGGUUGCCAUUCUUUGUGAAACUUGAAUGUUGUUGUUUUUUGCAUAUCAAAGGGACUUCACUAAGUUUUUAUGACAUGACGGAACUUGAAAUAGAUUCAUAAAUUGACAGCUUCAGUGUAUAUUAUUAGUUAUAAAGAUUGUUGACAUGUUUUAAUUAUGGCCCUAUAUAAACGGUUAUUUGUAAAUAUAACCUGAGUCCCUAGGCAAGGGUUAUAUUGCAAACAGCUGUUUAAAUACGGUCAUAUAACCUGUCAACAAUCUUUUUAACAGCAAGCAUCAUUUUUAGAGAAAAAGUAAGAUAUCUUCAUGAAUCGUCAGCAGCCGUGUAUAUAAAACUAUAUAAACUUCACGAUUAUCCAAUGAAAAGCAACAUUAGGAACUUGCAGUAUUAUAAAAAACUUUAUAAAUGUCAUGAUUUUUGAAAGAAAAGCAAGAUAACUUAUGUGCAGUAUUAUAUAAUUAGUUAUAUUACA